AUGUUUAUUAACGUCUCUAUCCGUCUGUGUUUUUUCUCUGCAGUGGACGGCUGUACAGAUUGGUCAGUGGACUACCUGAAGUACCGGGUGCUGCAGGGUGAGCCCGUGCGUCUGAAGUGCGCUCUGUUCUAUGGUUACAUCCGGGCCAACUACAGCCAGGCGCAGAGCGUGGGCCUCAGCCUCAUGUGGUACCGCAGCUCCGGCCUGGGACACAGCGACUUCGAGGAGCCGAUCUCUUUUGACGGCAUACGGAUGAGCAAGGAGGAGGACGCCAUCUGGUUCAGACCGGCUGACCUCCAGGACGCCGGCCUCUACUCCUGUGUUUUGAGGAACUCCACAUACUGCAUGAAGGUGUCCAUGUCUCUGACGGUGGCCGACAAUGACACUAACCUGUGCUACAACUCCAACAUGAGACGAAACGAGAAGGCCGAGCUCAGUAAGAGUAAAGAGAUCCUUUGCCCUGACAUAGACGACUACGUGGAACCCGGCAAAGAGCCUGACAUCACUUGGUACAAGGAGUGCCGUCCAAAGCAGUGGCGUGCCAGUAUCAUUCUGAAGAGAGACAUUCUGUCAAUCCAGGAAGUCAAGGAAGAUGACAUUGGGAAUUACACCUGUGAAGUCCAGUUUGGCGGCUUUGUGGUCAGAAGGACGACUGAACUCACAGUGACUGCUCCUUUGACCGACAAGCCGCCAAAGAUCCUGUUUCCCUCGGAAAACAAGAUCAGCAACAUGGAGCUGCAGCUAGGAAGCGCUUUGAACCUGACGUGCCGAGCGUUCUUCGGCUACAGCGGUGACGUCAGCCCGCUCAUCUACUGGAUGAAGGGAGAGAAGUUCAUCGAGGACUUGGACGAGGAGAGGGUCCAGGAGAGCGACAUCAAGGUUGUGAAGGAGCACCUCGGCGAACAAGAAGUGGCCAUAUCCUUGACGAUCGAUUCUUUGGAGGAGGAGGACCUGGGAAAUUAUUCCUGCUAUGUGGAAAAUGGAAAUGGCCGUCGCCAAGCUACCAUCCAGCUCCUCAGGCGCGCAGAGCUCAUGUACACGGUGGAGUUGGCAGGAGGGCUCGGAGCGAUCCUGCUGCUGCUCAUAUUCCUCAUCUCCCUCUACAAAUGCUACAAGAUUGAGCUGAUGCUGUUCUACAGGAGGAACUUUGGCAGUGAGGACGUUGAUGGAGAAAACAAAGACUAUGAUGCAUACCUGUCCUACACCAAAGUGGACCCUGACCAGUGGAGUCAGGAAACCAGAGAGGAGGAGCGCUUUGCACUAGAAAUCCUCCCUGACGUCCUCGAAAAACAUUACGGCUAUAAACUCUUCAUCCCAGAUCGGGACCUCAUUCCAACAGGAAGUCUCACCAAUGAGCAUUACCAGGAUGACACACGACUCUUUGGAGCCUACAUAGAGGACGUGGCCCGCUGUGUGGACCAGAGCAAACGCCUCAUUAUAGUCAUGACGCCCAACUACGUGGUGCGGCGAGGCUGGAGCAUCUUCGAGCUGGAGACCCGGCUGCGCAACAUGCUGGUGACCGGCGAGAUCAAGGUCAUCCUGAUCGAGUGUGCCGAGCUGCGCGGCAUCAUGAACUACCAGGAGGUGGAGGCCCUCAAGCACACCAUUAAAACACUCACCGUCAUCAAGUGGCGCGGCCCCAAGAGCAACAAGCUCAGCUCCAAGUUCUGGAAGCAGCUGCAGUACGAGAUGCCGUUCAGGCGCACAGAGCCCAUGCUCACCCACGAGCCGGCGCUGGACGUCAGCGAGCAGGGCCCCUUCGGAGAGCUGCAGACCGUCUCCGCGAUUUCCAUGGCGGCGGCCACCUCCACCGCCAUGGCCACCGCCCACCCCGAACUGCGCUCCACCUUCCACAACACCUACCACACCACCAUGAGGCAGAAACACUACUACCGCAGCUACGAGUAUGACUUACCCCCCGGAGGGACCCUGCCACCUCUGUCCUCUCUGGGUAACCAGCACACCUACUGCAACAUCCCGCUCACGCUGCUGAACGGCCAGAGGCCACCGGGGAAGACAAGAGAGCACAGCCUGGAGGAGGCGCACGCCAACAAUGCCAUGCUCCCUCUGCUGCCCAGAGAAACCAGCAUCUCCAGCGUCAUCUGGUAGUGAUGGACCAAGUUUGUGGUCGGAGAUUACGGAGAAAAGCGUUCCCGGAUCAGCUUGGUUCCAACCGUCGUAAAAGUGGCAGCAAGUGCAGAAGGUUCAGCAGGUUUUUCCGAACAAGGCUCCCCCCCUUGUUCUUUUCAAGUGGACACAAUCUUGUUACUGUGGAUGUUUUUUUUUUACGGAACUACAGGAGAUAAGUGUAAACACUGUUUCAUCGACUAGCGAGAGACGGACUCGCAAAGAAACUCCUACCAUACACUAUGGCAAUUGUGCACACACCUGCAUACACACACAAAUGUGCAUACAUAGAAACAAAAGGAAAACAGGGUCUUGUACAUAUAUUUCAAUUUAUUUGUAGCAUCAGUGUUUUCCUGUUUUUGUUCUUUUUUUUUUUUAAUUCAAUCAUGUUCGUUGCCUUCACUUCUGUAGGAUUUUUGCUUUAUCUUGUUAUGAAGAGUUGUAUAUUUUUUAUUGUUUUUUUCUCAUUUUAGUUUUUUUUUAAUUCCUAUUUCGAUGAGCUUGUUUGGGAAGCCAGUAUGUCACGUACCUGCGCUGUUGAUGUAUUUUUUUUUUCUUUGUUUCUUUGUUUGUUUUUAAUCUUCGUGUAGUUUAAGAGAACAUUUUUUUUUUUAACACUUUUUGGAACCGCCUGGACAUUUCAGGAGCUUCAAGGAGCUGAAACUUCUUUUUUGUUUUACCUGUAAAAGGUGUAUCUAGUUUAAAAGGAAACUCUCUUUUAAAAAAUCAUCGAAUAUGCAAAAAGAAGGAGGAGCUGGCAAAAAAAAAAAAAACGACUUGUGGGACCGAGAAGGAGGAGCGGUUGGGGGGCCAUGCUAGUCCUCUCCAAUCAGAUAGACCGAUAGACUGGCAGAUCUCUCUCUAAAGCUUCAUAUUUUCUAUUGAAACAAACAGCCUUGCUGUUUUAGAGUGAUAGUGAAAUGCCUCACCUUAAAAAGAAAUCUGUAGAUUAUUUUAAAAAGAAUUCUAUUUUUAUAACAGAAAAGAGUUUGCUUGAGAAGUCAUACUUAUUUGCAUUUCAUCCACCAUGGAACGGGGAUUUGUGUAUAAGUGUUAUGCUGGUUUUGUACACUUGAAAAAUGUGGCUCCUGGUUUGUUAAGAGAUUAAGGUGGCUUUUGAAUCCCACAUGGAAAAAGAUGUCCUCUACCGUUCAAGACUCAAAAGUAAAGCAUUUUCAAUGUUUUGGUUUUUUAAAACAUAAUAUUAUUCCCCAUCCUUCGGUUCAUAUGGAUAGUUCAUGUUUAAGGAAAGAAAAAGAAAACAUUUGUGUUUUGAAAGACUUUUUAAAUAUAUUUGAAGGUGUGAUUUUUGAGUAUGCAUAGCAAAUAGAUAUGUAUUCUAUAUAUAAUAUAGAUAUUUAUAUAAAUAUAUAAACACAAUUUUCACUUGGAAAGAAAUGUCUAUCUUUAUAGAAACACAAUCAUUAUCAGUUGCCCUUACUUUCUCACUGCACAUUAAAAACAUGGAUUUCCUUU